AUGUUUCGUACCUAUGCUAUUGCGAUUCUGGGCAUAAUUUGUGUUGAGUCCUUACUAAUUUUCAUUUGCAACGCUUUCACCAUAUUCGUGUUUUGGAAAAACCGUAACAAACUAAAGAGAACCACAUUUCUUCUCAUAAACUUAGCUGUGGCAGAUCUUCUUGUCGGACUCAUCCAGUUGAUAUCAACAGGUGCGUAUAACACUAUACUUCAAAUCCAAACAAACAGCACACGAGCUGGCAUUGAAUCAGAAGAAUGGAUUUGGGCUGUGCCUCAAGUAUUGUCACCGUAUGCAUCAAUAUUUUUCCUUGUGCUCAUCUCACUGGAACGUGCAUAUGCUCUGAUAUGGCCGUUACGACAUCGAGUAGCAAGUAUCAAAGGCUAUAUUUACAGCGCUAUCUUUGUGUGGGCUUCUGCCAUAGCUCUUCAGACAUUGUCUUUGCUUGUUAUGUACAGUAAAAUUCUGAAUUUUGAUCACUUGAUAAUCGCAUUAUCUUGUAUAUCGGCUUUAUUCCUGAUUACAAUUUGUGCGUGCUAUUUGACAAUGCGAGCUAAACUCAGUUCCAUUGGAUUGGCUGCAGUUGCGGGCAAGGGAAAUUCACUAGAACAGAACAAGAAACUCUCCCGGGCGUUUUUCACUGUGACAGCUGCCUCUCUUGUCUGUUGGGCUCCAAGUAGUGUCGGUUACUUUAUUUUCCAUCUGAGUUCCAAGAGAUGUCCGAUGGCAGUUGUUCACAGUUUUUACAUUUUUUAUUUGGGCAAUUCUUUGGUGAAUCCCAUCAUUUAUAGUUUUAAAUUUCCCAUGUUUCGAAAAACUUUACGAAAAAUG